GUCGCGUGCGCAACACGUGCUUUUCAAACUCCGAACUCGAUGCGAUCGCGGCCGCGACGUAUUGUCUCCUAAUCUUUUUGUUGUAACUAUCCGUUUAAAUGGAAGUAUUGAGGACACACCUCAUUUCCUUUUGUUGCGAUUCUCUUUAACAGGCUGUGAAUAUUCUUUGUUAGUUUACAAUUGGAGUGUUAGUUCUACUUUCGUAAAAUUUAAAUAAAACAAACCCCCUGUGAAUAUAAAUAUAACGCUACAUUACAUUUAUAACAAAUCUAUUAGAAACUAAUCGGCCAACUUGGAAAGAGUCAAUUUCAGCAAACGGCUGGGAUGAACAAUGUAUAAACAGGAGCUUUUUCUUCUGAUGUGCGUAUAUAGUGCGCUGGCUGCGUUAGACGGUUACAGUGCUCAGCAGGAUCCAGACCAAUUCCACAUACAGACCGACGAGGACGACGAAAGAUACUUCCUCUACCAAACACACAACGGACAGUAUCGCAAAGAACGACGCCUAAAAGAUGGAUCUGUCGUAGGAACUACGGGCUGGGUGGGUGCCGAUGGAUAUUUAAGGCUACAAGAUUACAUAGCUGAUGACCAAGGAUAUAGAAUUUAUAAAUCAAAAACUGUUUACGUUGGAGAAAAUCGACCCAUUGGUGAAUCUUUAAAAAUUGCGAAAACAGCACCAACUGACUCUGGAUAUAAUAUCACUCCGGCACCAGCUCAUCAUCCACCGAGAGGCACACCUCUGUUCACAACAACUACGCGCGCUCCACUGCCAUCUUCAACUUACAGCCCACGAAAUCCGUACCCCUCAGUGGUGGCCAUAACGCCUUCUCCACCAUAUUCUAGCUCUUCGUCUACCUCCAGAGUAGAAGUAUCACCGAAUUCAAUUGAUUCAUCUCCCACAUACGAUCCUAGACCAACGGUACCACCUAUUACUGCAGAUGAAGCUACUCCUCGACCAAAUCCUUAUGAUUAUGACCCAUCAAACACCAAUAGCAUAGACGGGUAUUAUGGAAGUGAUAGCACGCCCCAAGGACGCUAUGAUUUAUUCAAUCCGAACUCCUAUAGACAUGCCAAUGACUGGACGAGAAGACAACCAGGCAUACGUGUUGGUGAUGGCUACACGCCCCAGUUCCCAGGUUACGACGGCGUUGCAUUUAGACGCAACGGAUUCCGAUACUACCUUCCGAAACAAUACCAUGAGGAAGAAUCGAGAGAUGCUGACGAACGGACUGGCAGUUUUGGAUAUGUUGAUCCGUUCGGAAUUCGAAGAGUAAUUUAUUACAAUACAUCACCGGGCCAGGGAUUUCAAAUUCGGAAAAAUAACAGAUAUGUCGGUCAUGACGCAACUCCUUAUGAUCCAAGACCUGUGAAAUAAACUAAGUCAUUAUUUUCGUCUGUGUUGAAGUUACCACCUGUGCUAUCAGUAUUUAUAGUUAAAAUAAUAAUUCUACAAAUUGAUUGGUGGAGACAAAACGAUUGAUCUUCGAACGAAAAUUUCUUAGCCAUAUAUACUUAGUAUAGCAAAAAAAAAUUGUAGAUAUUAUUAUAUUAAUC